AUGGACAGCGAUGAGAAUACUCACCGGUUCUCCUCGAGCAUUCCUCGCCCAAACAGAGCCAACUCCAAUGGCAGAAGCCUUCAUGAUAUUACCGUGUCCGCAAAUAACAAUGCCGCUGGUACCAUGAUGCCCCCGCCAGGCACUAUCAGCCGAAAACAUGUCGAAUCAAUCGUGACAGAAUCGGCCAUGCAGACGAGGAAAACAUUAGUCGAAAGGGGUGGGGAAACUAGAAAGAAAACCCAUCUUGGCCACUCUGCCUCGAAAUCUAUGAGUUCCAGGCCCUUAUCUGCUCUUUCGACCUCAACCUCCUCCCGCCCAGUAUCCGCUGCUUCGCGAAAUGCGCCACACAACCAAACCUCUUCUUCCCAUGGCCCUAGUUCGCGAACGAGACCAUCGGCCCAUAACAUCGGACGACCUCAGACUUCCUUCGGGUAUAGCCACUCACAUAGAGUCUCUUCGCCACGUCCGGUAACCUCAAUGAGCACUCGAGAUGACGAUUCCCAAGACUCCGUUUUGGGAAAGCGAAAGGUAGAAGCAUGGGACCAGGACGCUAAAAUGGAAAAAAUGAACGCCAUGUGUGAUUUACUUCUCAAUCGUUUUCAGGGCACAACGAACCAAAGUGCCGGACUCAAGGAAGCAAUAGAGCUGUAUAAAUCUCGCCUUCAGGAGAUAGAGGAAAAGAACUCGCAGCUUUCCGAGCAUAAUAUUACACUCCGCGUUGACCUUGAUACUACAAAAUCUCGCCUCUUGACAAUUGAGAACAACCUUAAAGAUGUUUCGCGUGACCAUGAGAUUGCAAUUGAUGAUUUAGAGAGACAGCACCGCAUUGAUUUAGAAGCAUCACGUCAAGAAGCAAGCAAACGAAUUGAAGAGCUUGCGGUUAAACACAAGGAAGAAAUGAGGGAGUUACGUAGUCGGUUUGACAAUGAGAUCGAGAAUGAACGGAACAAAUUACGACAGGAACUGAACCAAAUCAAUGCUCAAACUGCCAUCGAUUUACAACGAUCUCAAAUUGAAAUGGAAAACAGGAAUCGCGAGCUCAGAGACAUUCAGGCCGAGGUGAAUCGCUUGUUGAGUGAUUUAGAUCGUGAACGCACACUCAACAAGGAGCUCCAGCACAACAUGGUGAGGAAUGCCAGUAACACGAUGGCUCUGGAGUCUUCUGUUAGCGCACUGAGAGCAAGGAUUGAAUUUCUUGAGUCUGGUAACAAAGAACAGUCUGAUGCGUUUGCCCGCCUUGAUCAGCAACUCCGAGAUGCGCUAGCAGAAACGCAAGCAACAAAAGACAAGCUGCGCAAAGAAGAGACAUUGCGACGAAAGCUCCAUAAUCAAGUACAGGAACUGAAGGGAAAUAUUCGGGUUUUCUGUCGCGUUCGUCCCUUGCUUAAUAAUGAACCCGUCGAGGAUUCUGCAAGAAUCGAAUUCCCAGAUUCAGAAGCUGACUGCAAGGAAAUUUCGGUCCUUGGCCCGGAGGAGAAGAGCAGUCUUGGGAGCAUCACAACCAAAACCUAUGCUUAUUCUUUUGACCAUGUAUUUGGCCCGUCAUCUCAAAACACCGAGGUCUUUGAAGAGAUUAGCCAACUCGUCCAAAGUGCGUUGGAUGGAUACAACGUUUGCAUAUUCUGCUACGGCCAAACUGGCAGCGGAAAAACUCACACGAUGUCGUCUGAAGAUGGUAUGAUCCCCUGUGCUGUUCACCAAAUAUAUGAUACCGCAAGUGCGCUUGAAGAAAAGGGAUGGCAUUAUACCAUGCAAGGAAACUUUGUGGAGGUUUACAAUGAAAAUUUGAACGACCUACUAGGUAAAGCGGAAGAAUUCGACAAGAAAAAACAUGAGAUUCGCCAUGACAUGCAAAAAUGCAAAACAACUAUUACGGACAUUACAACAGUCAACCUGGAUUCUCCAGCACGCGUCGAGUCUAUCUUACGACGUGCUGCCAUGAAUCGCUCAGUUGCUGCAACCAAAGCAAACGAACGAUCUUCUCGAUCACAUUCCGUUUUCAUCUUAAAAUUAAUUGGGGAAAACCGCUUCACGGGAGAAAAGAGUGAGGGUACACUUAACUUAGUUGAUCUUGCUGGCAGUGAGCGGCUGAGCCAUUCCAAAGCCACUGGUGAGCGGUUGAAGGAAACUCAAAGCAUCAACCGUAGCCUCAGUUGCUUGGGCGAUGUAAUCGGGGCCCUUGGGCAGGGAAAAGAAGGUGGACAUAUUCCGUACAGGAACAGCAAGCUUACAUAUCUACUUCAAUUUUCACUGGGGGGCAACUCCAAAACCUUGAUGUUCGUCAUGGUCAGCCCAAGGCAGGAACAUCUAAAUGAAACCCUGACUAGCCUCAAGUUCGCGACAAAAGUCCACAAUACCCAUAUCGGGACCGCCAGGAAACAGACGAAGAUGAUUCGCGAAUCAUAG